GGAACUUGGCACAAGGGUCCAGGGUCCUGUGUUUCUUCCUUCUUCUCUCAGCUGCAUGUCUCUCAUCCAAUCUUGUGAAGCGUCUUACUUGGCUCAGAAAGUGAUCAGGGACGAGAAGGUAGUGCCGAGAAUGUUCCAUGAGACUCUCAGAAGUCACCGCCUGAAUAUCAAACCUGAAUAACCGGGAGAGAUGUAACCUCGGCAUACUUUCAGUUGUUUUCUUCCUGCCCACGCUGCAGGUUUUUCAGGUCCUUGCUUGAGCGUGCAGUCACGGGCGUAAAUAAACGUGCUAUCAACAGCCUGCGUCAGCCAGCCCAGCUAUUUAAGCAGGCUGGCAUCAGCAAACCCGGCUUCCAAACCCAGGACUUGCCUUUGCCACGUCCACCCGCGCCGGGACCAUGUCGGCGGAGACCGCGAGCGGCCCCACUGAGGAUCAGGUGGAGAUCCUGGAGUACAAUUUCAACAAGGUCAACAAGCACCCGGACCCCACCACGCUGUGCCUCAUUGCGGCCGAGGCGGGCCUUUCCGAGGAGGAGACCCAGAAAUGGUUCAAGCAGCGCCUGGCCCAGUGGCGGCGGUCGGAAGGCCUGCCCUCAGAAUGCAGAUCCGUUACAGACUAAGGAGACGGUGGGCAUUGGCAGCUUCCCUUCAUGAAGACCAUCUGCUGUUUCUCUCCUCGGCUUGGCCAAGCUGUUUUGGUUUUUCAGUGUAGUGUUGUAUGUGCCACUGUUAGCUGUCUUGCUAUUUAACACAAUGUUGUAUUUUUUUUAAUGUACAUAACUAGAAAAGAAAAUAACAAAAGGAAGCUAUGUGCAGCUUCUGUGUAAAGCAGUGGCUUGGCUAGGAAAGUGGUGUGGCUUGCAUUUCCCUUUGGGUCAUGAUGACAGUUGGUGUGAAAACCAUCGAAGUUUGCUUUUGACCAACAACUCACAGUAACCAUUGGCCUUCACCCUCCAUUUCAGAGCAGGCAAGGCCGCUGUUGAAAAGAUAACAUGACCAAGAGGGAAAACAUUUCCUUCUGAAUCUACUCCCUUAAGUCGUUUUCCUUAUGUUUCAUUUAAUACACUGAGGCUCAGUGAGAAUACAGAGGGAUAUUGGAGUCAUUCAGAUUUCAGAAAGCGGUUCCUUGGGUUAAAGCUGCAUUGACUUGGAAAGAACCCAGUUAGGCUGGAAGACAGAAACUCCAACUGGCAGAAAAGCAAGUAACUAAGAAAGAAAUCCACAAAAGUCUUGAAUUUACCUCAUUUAAAUGCAUUUGUUAAAUUUAUUUUGCUAAACAAAAUGAACUGCUUUUUUGUCUCUAAAAUGAUGUUCUAAAUAAAACCUUAACUUUUUGUUGAAAAUGCA